UGAUGAUCAACAUGGCAGGACAACGUGUUCGCGCGCGAACAGUUGGAUUAGCCGGAUUAGGCAGGCAUAGUAUUCAGACACCGACGUCGACCAUGCGGGCCCUGAGUGGCAUCCGGUGCCAAGGGCUGACCGAAGGACCGCCCGCCCUGACGCUCGCCUUUUAUCCCCGCGACUCUUCGUCUGGUCCUCCCCGCUCCCUGUGCUUGGACUGUCCCUUCCUUACCUGCGUCGCUCUUUAACGCAAUUUGCACUUCCUUAUACGACACCUAGUCCAGCCUCAACCACACUCGAAUCAUGUACGCAUCUGUGGUUCUCGCAUCCCUUUUCGCUGGCGCCGCGUUUGUGCGCGCGGACGUUGGUCCGACUACUCCUGCCCCCGGCGACGUCUUCAACGAGGGCGGUGAUUGUAAAGUGGCUUGGAACGCGGACACGUCGGGCGUAUGGACGGCCAUGAACGUGGAAUUCAUGACUGGAAACAACGAGGCCAUGCAGUUCCUUGAAGUUGUGGCGACUGUAGACGGCACCGAUGCAUCGAACAACAGCAUCACAUGGAAGUGCCCCGAUGUUGACCUCAACUCGCAAGUUUACUUCUACCAGUUCACAUCUCCCUACUCCAAGAACGUCUACUGGACCGGCCGCUUCACCAUCGCCUCCUCAGACGGCAGCACGACUCCCCCUCCCGAGACUGAGGUAUCCGGUGGUCAGACCAUCUCCUGGGGCAGCGGCUCCAUCAUUGGCCAAUCUCCCUCCACCGCGCCCGCCUAUGGCGAGAGUACCGGCGUGUCUGCUUCUGCCUCUGCCUCCGGUUCUGCCUCGUCCUCUACUGCUUCCUCCGCCUCGUCUUCCUCCGGUUCGUCGGAUUCGUCAUCCGAUGCAUCCAGCCCCGCGGCAGCUCCCGAGUCGAGCACGCCGUCUGGCCCUCCUCUCACCAAGGCGGCGACCUCGAGCGUAGUGACCGUCAGGUCCUCGGCUGCCGCGACCUCCCCGGGUGUCGCCACUGCAUCGACCAGCACGGCCGCAAACGGUGCCGGUGCGCUCAAGGCUGACAACCUCGUCCUCCGCGCCGGCAUGGCGCUCAUCCUCGCGGGGCUGACGUUCACCGUCGCUCUGUAAGUCCCUCGCGGCCACCUCGCCCAAAUACGUGCAGCAGCACGUUGACGUUGCGCUGUGCAUUUCUGUCGUUAUUGUUCUGCUGUUGUAUGCUGCUUUAUAUAUUACUACCGUACUAUCGAGGCAAGUGAUACUCGCACUGAUGACCAUCUACGACGUGCACUGUAUUCGCGACUGUAUGGGGAUUUCUGUACCUACCGGGCUUUAGGCUAUACGCUUCAUAGUAAAUUAAGAAUUCUGGCCUGGAAGAUGCGCAGGUCCGAGACGUUCG